AUGGCCGGCGUCCUGCUCUCGGCCGCCGUUGCCUGCGUCCUUCUCGCCGGCGCCGCGUCCGCGUCGUCGUCGUCGCCGCGGGUGUUCACCGUCGGCGGCGUAGAGAGGGGCUGGAGGCAGCCGGCGCCCGGCGAGGAGACCUACAACCACUGGGCCACCAAGAACCGCUUCCACGUCGGCGAUUUCCUCCAUUUCAGGUACGACAAGAACGACUCCGUGCUGGUGGUGACGCGCGACGACUACAAGCGCUGCGGCGCGGACAGGCCGGUGCUCCGCCUCGAGGGCGGCGAGGCGAGGUUCCGGCUCGAGCGGAGCGGCUUCCUCUACUUCAUCAGCGGCUCGCCGGGCCACUGCGACGCCGGCCAGAGGUUCACCCUGCGCGUCAUGGCGCAGAGGGACAACGGCGCCGCCUCCCCGACGGAGGCCCCCGCCAUGUCUCCCGGCGGGUCCUUCAACUCCACGCCGGGGUCCGGAUCAGGAUCCACGCGCAUGCCGCCGCGCGGGAACGCCGGCGACGGGAAGACCAGCGGCGCCGCGCCCUUCGGUGCCUAUCACGCCGUUGGCGCCGCUCUGGGAGUGGGUGCCGCCUUGCUGGCCUUUGCAUGA